UGCAUGGACCGGUGCCCGGUUGAGUGGAUAUUUCAUUAUAGACCAAUGGAAUGGUUUACAAUGGGCACACCCCGCCCACGUAAAACGAACUUGCCCAUCGAUACAAGGCCCCAAUCUAAUAGCCCACUGUGAAGGCUCAGGCUGUCAUAAUGUCGGAGCCCAAGGCACCCACCCCGACUCCGGCUGGAGACACAUACAAAGGAUGGCUAUUCAAAUGGACAAAUUACAUCAAGGGCUACCAGCGACGAUGGUUCGUCUUGAGCAACGGUUUACUAUCCUACUACAGGACCCAGGCGGAGAUGGGCCACACGUGCCGGGGCACCAUCAACCUGGCCACGGCCAACAUCGCGGUGGAGGACUCGUGCAACUUUGUCAUCUCCAACGGCGGGGCACAGACCUACCACCUGAAGGCCAGCUCUGAGGUGGAGCGGCAGCGCUGGAUCACCGCCCUGGAGCUGGCCAAGGCCAAGGCUGUCCGUAAUCAGGCCGAGUCUGAUGACUCUGGUGAUGAGUGUCCGACGUCACCCCCUACCUCGGGACAGGGCGGAGGGGCACGUAACUCUAACUCAGAGGUACAGUCCACACUGCGCACGCUGGGCAGCAAGGUGGAAGACCUGAGCACCUGCAACGACCUCAUCGCCAAGCACGGCUCUGCCCUCCAAAGGUCCCUGUCAGAGCUGGAGGGGGUGCGUCUGGGAGGCGACACGGAUGGCAAGUUCCGGCAGGUGACGGAGAGAGCCACAUUGUUCCGCAUCACCUCCAACGCUAUGAUCAACGCAUGCAGAGACUUCUUAGCGCUGGCCCAGGCCCACAGUAAGCGGUGGCAGAAAGCCCUGCAUUCGGAGCGGGACCAGAGGAUAAGGCUGGAGGAAACAUUGGAGCAGCUUGCCAAGCAGCACAACCACCUGGAGAGGGCCUUCAGAGGGGCCACCGUACUGCCCCUCUCCCAGAGCAACCCUGCCCUGAACAGCAAGAGUUUGGGCUCAGCAAAGGGAGACGCAAGCGACGAGGAUGAUGAAAACGAGUUCUUUGACGCUAUGGAGGACCCGGCAGGGUUCAUCACUGUACCGGCCGACCCCAAGUAUCAUAGAAGGUCAGGAAGUAACAUCAGUGGUCUCAGUGCUGAGACUGGAAUCGAUGACCAAUCGCUUUGUGACGAGCAGUCGUUGGGGUCCAAUCCGGAGUCGCCCCAGUCCCUGGAGGUGGAGCCAGUGAGGAAGAGGCGGACCAAAAUCCCAGACAAGCCCAACUAUUCGCUGAACCUCUGGAGCAUCAUGAAGAACUGCAUUGGCAAAGAGCUCUCCAAGAUCCCCAUGCCUGUGAACUUCAACGAGCCCAUCUCCAUGCUGCAGCGUCUAUCCGAGGACUUGGAGUACUACGAGCUCCUGGACAAGGCGGCUAAAUGCCAGAGCUCUCUGGAGCAGCUGUGCUACGUGGCUGCCUUCACCGUAUCAUCCUACUCCACUACGGUCCACCGUACAGGGAAACCCUUCAACCCCCUACUGGGGGAGACCUACGAACUGGACCGGCUGAGGGAGAGCGGCUACCGUUCACUGUGUGAACAGGUGAGUCACCACCCGCCUGCAGCUGCUCAUCAUGCCAUCUCAGAGAGAGGCUGGACCCUCCGACAGGAGAUCUCCCUCGCCAGCAAGUUCAGGGGAAAAUACCUCUCCAUCAUGCCUCUGGGCUCUAUCCAAUGUGUGUUUGAGAAGAGCAACAAUCACUACUCGUGGAAGAAAGUAACUACAACAGUACACAACAUCAUUGUGGGCAAAUUGUGGAUCGACCAGUCGGGAGAGAUAGACGUGGUGAACCACCGGACCGGCGACUGCUGCCAUCUCAAGUGCCCGUACAGCUACUUCUCCAGAGACGUGGCCAGGAAGGUGACUGGUGUGGUGACCGACAAGGAGGGUAAGGCCCACUAUGUGCUGUCAGGGACGUGGGAUGAGAAGAUGGAGUUCUCCAGGGUGAUGCAGAGCAAUAAGGGAGAGAACGGAACCGAGGGCAAACAGAAGACCGUCUACCAGACUCUCAAAGCCAAGGAGCUCUGGAAGAAGAACCCACUACCCGAGGGAGCGGAGACUAUGUACUACUUCUCGUCGCUGGCGCUGACGCUCAACGAGUCCGAGGAGGGCGUGGCGCCCACCGACAGCCGGCGACGGCCCGACCAGCAGCUGAUGGAGGCGGGCCGGUGGGACGAGGCCAACGCCGAGAAGCAGCGGCUGGAGGAGAAGCAGAGGAGCGUCCGCCGCGAGAGGGAGAGAGAGGCCCAGCGUGCAGCCAACCUGCCCGAGGAGGGGGCAGAAGGGGUGGAGGUAGCGGAGGACGCUGUCAUUGAGGACUCUUUCAUCACUGACUCGCCUUUGAAAACCGAUGCAGUGGAGAUUGGUACGGAAGCGAGCCAGGCUUCGGACGAAACGGACCCCGACGAUUCUCCACCUCACACUCCAACCUCACGUGGUCCGCCCCUCUCAGAGUAUCAAAUUGAUGACAUGGAAGGUCAUUAUGGAGCUGCGGUCAAAAGCGUCCACCAGGACAACUAUGAGGCGAUGUGGUUCGAGCGGACUGAGGACGUCAUCACGGGAGAGUCCAUGCACGUCUACAAGGGGGGCUACUGGGAGGCGAAGGACCACGGCAACUGGGACAUGUGCCCAGAUAUAUAUUGAGCCCCCCCGAUCAGCGAAUUGUACUAACCCAGGCAUUUGGAACAAGCCACCCUUUUUCCCCCAAUUGAAGAAGGGACAAACUGGGUAUCGACCCUGUUUAACCCCAACCCUCCCUCUUUCAGGAUAGAUUUUGGGUUGUAAUGCCCCUUACCUCUCCCCUAUCACUCUCUGUGGGGACGGUGUGAUCCUGUAUGACAAUGCAACCAGGCAGGGGGAAAGACCUGCCUUCAUCUUCCGUGUAGGGUCAAGUUGCCCCUAGAUGCUGAUCUGGGGUCAGUUUUGCAUUUCCCUGGCUAAUGUUUAAGGUCAGGAUUGGGGGGGCCGAGCUGAUCCUAGAUCUGUAGCUAGGGAAAAUGUCACCCCUGAAGCUUCAUCUUCACUACAAUGAUUAGAUAUCUCCCUUUAGAGCCACUGCCACUGGCUAGACCUCUGUGUCUUCUGUUUCUUCCUUUGCUGCUCUCUUUCUCACCCACUCCAUCUCUUGCUAUGUUAGUCUGUGGAAAAGACUGGGGGCAGAUAGAUUCUAGCGAUUUAACAAUAUCAAACACUAACUCUACCUUGCUCCUCUUCCAAAGGAUAUGGACUAAAUGCAAAUGGACAUGAACAGUUUGUGUGAGAGUAUAUGUCUGUGUGUGUGAAGAGGGGGGUUAUAAUAGCAAUGGGUUGGUGCUUAUGUCUGCUUUGAGGCUGCCAGAUUUUCAAAGCUUCACAAAUGCUGUUUGAGAGGUGUUUUUUUUUUUGAGAGAGAAAGGGGGUGAGCAACAAAUGCAGGAGCCCACGUGUGUGAACCCAGUGACAUCACAUUAGCUCCUCUGCUGUGGCUAUUUGGGCUUGGAGCCUGUUAUCCCUCUCGAAGCAGCGGAAUCGGCUAAAUGAAGGAUGUAUCGUCAUAAAAUACUAUUUAAAACAGUUCCUACGUCCUACAUCCCAAAGAUGACUUCCACCUCUUCAACAGCAAAACAAUCUAGCGUAGCCUUAUUUUUUUUUAUUAGGGUUAGUGUAUGAAGCAGACUCAACCAUAACAUAUUGGAAUAGUGGCCUAGUAAUUUAAUGUCCAAAAUGGCACCCUAUUCCCUAUAAAGGGCACUUCUUUUGACCAGGCCCUGGUCAAAAGUAGUGCACUAUAAAUGAAUAGGGAUGCAUCAGUAGAUUACUCGUAAUCUACUCUAGUUGAAGUGUGUGUGCACUAGUACAGAAUGUGAGCUUGAGUGUGAGGUCCAAAAAUAAGAUAAAUCACAUUUUAUUUUCAAGUGUACUUACAAAAUGUUUUUGAGACCGAGGAAAAAACCGACACAGAACAUUGCUAAUAUUUGUGUAUAUAUAUAAGUAAUAAUUAGUGCUAUUAAUAAUAUUGAUUAGUUAGAUCUAAGUAUGGUGAUUUGUAUUUAAGGUCAGAGAGAACUCCCAUUUGUUUCUGUAAAAUAGAACAUGACUGUUUCUCCUAGAACUGGAUUGUCCUCCAUUAAUUGUAAGUCAACUGUAACUAGUUUCAUUACUUUUCUCCUACUCCCUGGCCCUGUACACACACGUUGUACAAUACAUUUGAUCCAGUUACACUGCUGUGAAGACACCACAAUAGUUGUAAAAAGAAAAAUAUCAGCAUCAAACCAUUGUCAGGUGUUGUACAACUAGUUUACUGGACCUGUCUUGAGUUGAAUGUCCAUUGUAUUGUUCUUUCACUGUCUUUCCAUUCAUCUUCCCUCCAUUUGUUGUAGUUCCCCAUCUUUUUAAGCUCAUUCAUUCUCUUAUGGAUCUUGGUCAGGGCACUGAGUAUAACAGCAUCACAGGGUGAUGUAAUAAAGCCUGACUGGAGAAGUGCA